CUAGAAAUUGCCGGUUAUCAUCGUCAUCAUCGGCGAUAAUGAACAUAGUCGCAUUGCUCGUUAAGGUCGCCGGUCUCUUCGCCACGAUCACCGUCGGAGCCAACGCAUUAUCCUACACUCGUUUCCGUCGCCGUAACCUCGGGAAGAUUCGCUCCCCAAUCGACGAAUCUAAAGAAGUCCUCGCCGAUUUCAAUUCACACGAACACAAGGAAGGAAAGUUCUUCUUUGGAUUAGCUACAGCACCUGCUCAUUCAGAGGACGAGCUCGAUGACGCUUGGCUCCAAUUCGCAAAAGAAACACCAUCUUCACCAUCAGACGCAGUGCCAGGCUCAGAGGCUGCUAAUAGAAAGAAGAUCAAGCUUGCCGUGGGAGCUAUAACAAAAGGCUUGGCCAAGAACAAACAUAUAAAAGAAGUUAAAGCAGCUUCUGCUGAUGAUGAUAAGCCACCCACUAACAAUGUAGCUGCGUGGCACAACGCUCCUCACGCGGAGGAUAGGCUUAAGUUUUGGUCAGAUCCGGACAAAGAAGUGAAGCUAGCUAAAGAAACUGGCGUCACUGUCUUUAGAAUGGGAAUCGAUUGGUCUAGGAUCAUGCCUAAAGAGCCUACCGAAGGGAUCAAGAAAGCAGUUGACUAUGAGGCACUGGAACACUAUAAAUGGAUACUCAACAGAGUCCGUUCUAACGGGAUGAAGGUGAUGCUAACGCUGUUUCAUCAUUCAUUGCCACCGUGGGCUGCUGAUUACGGCGGCUGGAAAAUAGAGAAGACAGUUGACUACUUCAUGGACUUCACCAGGCUUGUUGUGGACUCCAUGUUCGAAUUGGUAGACUCUUGGGUAACGUUUAACGAACCACAUGUCUUCACAUUGCUUACCUACAUGUGCGGAUCUUGGCCCGGUAACAACCCUGAUUUUAUGGAGAUGGCUACGUCUACUCUGCCCAUGGGUGUGUUCCAUAGAGUUUUGCAUUAUAUGGGUGUUGCUCACUCAAAGGCCUAUGACUACAUCCACUCGAAAAUUUGCUUGAAAAAGCCUUUGGUAGGGAUUGCGCACCACGUGUCCUUUAUUAGACCAUAUGGUCUCUUUGACACUGGGGCUGUGACUAUUAGUAACUCCCUCACUGUGUAUCCUUAUAUUGAUAGCAUUAGUAAGAAGCUGGAUUUCAUAGGCAUCAACUACUAUGGACAGGAAUCAGUGUGUGGUGUUGGGAUAAAGCUUGUGGAGACUGAUGAAUACAGUGAAUCUGGAAGAGGGAUAUAUCCUGAUGGUCUCUACCGAGUGUUGUUGAUGCUCCACGAGAGAUACAAACACUUGAAAAUUCCUUUUAUAGUUACGGAGAAUGGUGUGUCUGAUGAGACUGAUGUGAUUCGGCGGCCUUACCUGAUUGAGCAUCUACUUGCUCUUUAUGCUGCAAUGCUUAAGGGUGUUCCGGUGCUUGGUUACAUAUUCUGGACUGUUUCAGACAACUGGGAAUGGGCUGAUGGAUAUGGUCCUAAAUUUGGACUUGUUGCGGUUGACCGAUCCAAUAAUCUAGCCCGAACACUUCGGCCAUCGUACCAUCUCUUUUCCAAGAUAGUAAAAAGCGGAAAAAUCACACGUAAAGAUCGGUCACUUGCAUGGAACGAACUCCAAAGAGCUGCUAAAGCAGGAAAGCUACGGCCGUUCUACAGGGCUGUUGAUAAUCAUGGUCUAAUGUACGCAGAUGGUCUUGACAAGCCUCAAUGGAGACCUUAUGUUGACCGUGACUGGCGGUUUGGUCACUACCAAGUGGAGGGUCUUCAAGACCCGCUGAGCCGCGUGGCUCGAAUGCUUCUUAUAUGGCCGCUUAUCAUGAACAAGAGGAUAAGGAAAGUUAAGGUCAAGCACACAGAUGAAACUGGGGCCGCUUAUGCCUCACCCUUUAACUAGAUGAAGAGAUUAGAAACCGAGGAAUCUUGCUUAAGAAUGGUAAGG